AUGACUCAAGAAAUGCCAGAUCCACCACCAAAAUACUGGGAAAGGCUCAGUGAUACAGAUAAACUAAUGUAUGUAUCACUUCGGGCUUCUCUUUCAAGUCCAAAUUGCAAAAAUCGAAGAAAUAAAAGUGCAGAGACUUUUAGAGAAAUCAUUGAUUCUUUGAAAACUUACGUUAUUCGAGGUGAUGCAGAUGAUAAAAAUCGCGCUUUAGUAUGUGGUAUUUAUUGGCUAAAAGAUUCUAUCGCAAUCAACACCCGCCAAUUGAUUAAAAUUCUUUCAAAAUGCAAGUCUUCAAUCAAUGGUUCUUUCCAACAGUUAGGUUAUGGUACAAUUCCUGCAGGAGCCGAUUCUUGCAGUGAAUUAAUCAAAGCGUUCCCCGAACUAAAGAAUAAUUUCGCUGAACUUCGACAGUGGACUAUCAGACAGUUGAUUUCAGCUACGCCAAAUCCUUCAAAACUUGCAGAAUUCAUACAAAGAACAUAUCAAGUGCAAAACAUCCCCUACUGCACUCCACAGCCAUUACAGCCUCAGGUUGAGCAAAAAAAAGAGAUAAUCCCGAAUAAUUCAUCUCAAUAUUAUUCCGCACCUCCUCCCGAAUACAUAGAGCCUCCAAAGCAAGUAGAGCCGAUUCAGGAGCAGCCACAGAGUCCCCAACCUGAAAUUGAUAGCUAUACUUUUGAGAAUGAUGACAUUUCUAAUUUUAUGUGGAAUAAUGAUAUGAAUUUCUAA